GCUAUACAAACAGAAGAGUAGCCUGUUGCAAAAGAGCAGAAGCAGAGCGCACAUGGAUAUGGUGAGUGAGAGUGCGAGUGCGAGUGCGAGUUCGAGUGCAAGCAAAAGGAAGACGACGAGUUUCCACAGCGAGAAGAUGACUCUAGAAGAUUACCUUCUCCUCAUUCAAUCCAACUCCCACCUCCAUCUCACCGUCGCUCAUCUCAAUCAGAUCAUUUCCAUGCACGGAUACAAGAAGAUCUACAAAGUUCCCAAGGCACGUUUGAGCGACGCCGUGAGCUCGCUGCCGCUGGUCGAUCCGGCUCGCUCGACGCUCAAAGACUACAUCUCUCCGUUUGUGAUCACCACCCUGGAGGACGUCGUGGCCGACCUCGCCGACCUCAACUGGAAGGAGUGCUGCGUCACAUCCGUCGAAACCCUAAGCUCAUGGAAACACACAACCUCCGCCCCUGCUCCUCCUGUGAGCCCCAGCCACGACGUCGUCCAGUACUUGCAACCUCAACAAUCACCGCCGUUGGCCCUUGAUUGCAGACCCUACGGCGUCGUUUCUGCUCCCAACUCUGCUUCCGGGACUGCUCAUCCACAGAAGAAACUGGUGACGAAGAGGAAGAGGAAGCGAUCGCCGGUAGCCGCCGGUUUCGCUCGUGCUGCUUUGGACUCUGUUUCGUACGGAUCGUGCUGACGUCACAGUUGUUUUUUUCGCAGCACGAACUUACCGUGUUGGCGGGAAUUGGGGACGGGAAUGGUAGAGCUGUGGUACUCGUGAAAGGAUAGGGGUAUUUCUGGAAAUUUCUGGCAGAAGUGGUACAGGUUGUGUUUGUCAAGUAAUGUUAACGGGUAUUUGGGUCUUUUUAUCUUUAUUCCUUCCUAGCUAGUGGUGGUGGUAAUUUUGGUAAACUGAAUCCAAUGCAUCUAUGCGUCUCCUGGUUUCCUUUUAAUUUGGAAGAUUCAUUAAUGCACGCUUUUAUUUUAAAUAGUGCAAUUUACAUCUUUUAAUUUUCAAUCAUCGUGUUGAA